AUGGCUGCUGAUGCCAGCCGCAAGAAACAAAGGACUAAAGCAGCUGUGGAAGCAACUGAGAAGUUGCAGGUGUCAGAAGAGUAUGAUGCCUUUCCAAGUUGCUCAGGUGUUUCACCGACAAAAGGCAGUGUUGUGAUGCAGACAAACUCAGGACAUAACAUCACUCCGCCUUUGGACAGAACUCAGAGUGUGUUUCUUACUCAAGAGUAUUUGGAUACAUACUUUGCCGAUCCUGACAUGGUCGUAGAACCUGAAAUGGUCCCAGAUUCUGGCAUCAACCUAGAUCCUGACAUGGGAAAACUUUCAGAAUUCAAGGGAAAGAGCCUUGAUGAAAUCCAAGUCAAUCCAAAUGAAGAACUAGUGGAUGAAGAAGGGAGCGACGUCUCCGAAACAGAAGAGCUGCCUACAACAUCACAAGACUCUUCUGGAAGCAGGAUUAGGAACCCUAACUCCCUGGAGCAGACUGUGGGCCCUGACAAUGAAGACCCAAUGGGUCAGCAGGAAGUCGGCUAA